AUGGUGAGGCCGUCCGGGACCGCCGCCGCCGCCGCCGGGGAUCGCCGCCGCCUCCCGGAUCACCGCCGCCGCCCGUGCGGAUCAGCCGUGCCCGCAGCCUCCGCUUCCCCCGGCUCGCCCUGCCCGGGAUCACCGCCCCUGUGCCGAUCAGCCGUGCCCGCAGCCUCCGCUUCCUCCCGGCUCGCCCUGCCCGGGAUCACUUCCGCGGAGGGCGGGGAGCGCCGGGCCCGGCCCCCGGGAGGAACCGGGCCGGGCCGGAGCGGAGCAGCCGGACGGGGCGCGCCGGGAGCUGCGGCUGCCGGGCGGUGCUCGGUGAGUGUCAGCGCCCUGCCUGCCGUCCAGGCAAAGCUGUGGGAGGCAAUGCUUCCUCCAGAAACGUUAAAACGACCGGUGGGCAUCGGGCACAGCCUGCAUUCGCUGCUGUUGCGGGUCUCUCCCCGCCCCGGUGUUUCUGUGAUUCCGCGGCCGUUCCAGGAGCGCUGCUCGCGGCCCGGGGCGGCUCCGGCGGCGGGCGGGGCGGGAGGCGGCGCGGCCGAGCGUGACGGGGAGGGCGGGAGCGAGCGGAGCCCGCAGCGAGCAGCGACCGGGCCGCCGCCGCCUCCGCCUGCGCAGCGCCCGCACCGACCCCGCAGCGCCAUGGCGGCCGCGGCCGCCGAGCCCAGCACCGGCCGCUACCAGCAGCUGCAGAAUGAAGAGGAGCCGGGCGAGGCCGUGCCGGUGGUGAACGACGCCCCUCCGCCCUACAGCAGCAUUUCUGCAGACAGCACAGCUUACUUUGACUACAAGGAUGAGUCAGGGUUCCCGAAGCCGCCGUCCUACAACGUAGCCACCACUCUGCCCAGCUACGACGAGGCCGAGAGGAGCAAGGCUGAGGCCACCAUUCCCCUGGUUCCUGGCAGGGAUGAUGACUUUGUGACACGGGAUGACUUUGAUGACACUGACCAGCUGAGGAUAGGAAAUGAUGGCAUUUUCAUGCUGACUUUCUUCAUGGCAUUCCUCUUCAACUGGAUUGGAUUUUUCCUGUCUUUCUGUCUGACUACUUCAGCUGCAGGACGAUAUGGGGCCAUUUCUGGCUUUGGUCUGUCUCUUAUUAAGUGGAUCCUUAUUGUCAGGUUCUCCACCUAUUUUCCUGGUUACUUCGAUGGCCAGUACUGGCUUUGGUGGGUCUUCCUUGUACUAGGUUUUCUGCUGUUUCUCAGAGGAUUUAUUAAUUAUGCAAAGGUUAGGAAAAUGCCAGAUACGUUUUCCACUCUUCCCAGAACCAGAGUUCUCUUUAUUUACUAAAGAUGUUUUCUGGCAAAUGUCUUCCUGCAUUAGAGAAAUCCCCCCCAAGAAGCAGCAGGACACCUGCAGGAAGUGAAUCAAGGCUCUGGAGCAGAAGAAAAAAUAAUCACCUGCUUUAAAAUAAAUAAAUAAAAGUACUGUUGGAAAAAGAAAAAAAAAAAAAAGGAGAAGCAUUUCUUUCGAUUUGUUUUUAGGUGUAAAAUUUUAAUAAUUAAUGCAGAAUUCUGUAA